AUGCACCGCAACGCUUCAGUCCACAACUUCGUUUUCUUCAACUGCAUCUUCAUUCAGAAUACUGUUAUGCACGAUGAUGAUCCAUCGGGAGCAAAGACAAUAAGUGCGUUGCUUUUGGUAACAUUUCAUGGAGAAGAAAAGCUAUCUAUGUUAUGUCAGAAGUCUUGCAUGUAUUAUCAAUGCACAGAAUUUAAUGCCUUGCUCUGCUUGGGUAUUGCUGUGUUUGUGCUUUAUUCACGCCUCAAGUCCAAAGGAUUUUUGUGUCAAGAGAUGGCGUUUGAGAUGUGA